GCAGCUCGGGGGCUGCAGCUGGGGACCCCCGGAGCCCCCAGUGCCGGCAGCGGCAGAGCCCCUCGGGAGCCCAUCAAUGCCGACACCCCAACCUCGCCACCCCAAGCCCCUGUUCAGCCCCGCAGCCCCCUCCCACAACCUCCCCAAGCGUGCUCGCAGCAGGUAGAAGUAAAUGCACAGGUGAGGGAACAGCUGCAGCCACCCCUCCCCAAGCACCAUGCUGGGCACGGGUCCGGGUGGACGGUUCCUUGUGCCCCCGGCAGAGUUCAGCCUGCAGCGAGGACUCAGCCUCACCCAGCGACGCCAGUUGCCGGAGCUUGGAGGAUGCGUGUUCUGCCAGCCCUGCUCAGGACACACAGGACCCCCAGGCAGGCGAGGUGGAAGGCAGCUGCCAUCCUGCACAACGCUGCUGCAAGAGGAAGCUCUCUGCCUUUGCACUGGAGGUACGCAUCAAGUCCCCAUCCGGCUCACACAGCCCGGCUGGAAGGGGAAGCGGGGAUCCCCCUGGCACUGACGGUCUAACAGCUCGCUCCAUCUCCCAAGGGGUCUGGCACGGGAGAGCAGCCCGCGGCCCCCAGCCCCGUGUACCGGCUGGUGCUGGCAGGGGACAGCGGUGCAGGCAAGUCCAGCUUCCUGCUGCGCCUCUGCAGAAAUGAGUUCAGAGGUGACAUCUCCUCCACGUUAGGUACCAGGGCUGGGACAGAGGGGCUGGGAUAGGUGGGCUGGGGCCUGAUGGCUGCCCCGGGCAGGAGUGGACUUCCAGGUGAAGGAGCUGCUGGUGGACGGGGAGCAAACCACACUGCAGAUCUGGGACACUGCUGGGCAGGAGAGGUGAGGAGGGCAGCAGCGCCCGCAGCACAGCCAGGUGUCUGCUGCAGGCCUGGCCCUGCACGGCCCCCACAUGGGUGGUGACAACACCCCCGGCUCCAGGUACCGCAGCAUCUCCCGCUCCUACUUCCGUAAGGCCCACGGCGUGCUGCUGCUGUACGAUAUCAGCUCCCAGAGCAGCUUCCUCAACGUCCGCCAGUGGAUCGAGGACAUCGAGGGUGCCGGGACCGCAGUGCCACUCAUGCUGGUGGGCAAUAAGAGCGACCUGCGGGCCGGGCUGCCGGAGACGGCAGGGGUCCAAGCAGCCCACGGACAGAGGCUGGCCACGGUGAGCAGCUGCUGCUGGGGGCGGCCCCCGGAGGCGCUCCCCCGGCCCCCGAUUCCAGCCGCGCUCCCUCCAGGCCCACAACUGCCUGUUCUGCGAGACCAGCGCCAAGGACGGCACGAACGUGGUGGAAGCCGUGCUGCACCUCGCCCGGUGAGCGGCGACGAGGGGAGGGGGGACCGCGCAGGCCGAGGGCGGAGCGCCGGGCUGACGCCGCGCCUCGGCCCGCAGAGCAGUGAAGAGGACGGCGGCCUCGGGCAGCGGCGCCCGCCUGGAUCUCAGCAUCCCCGCCCCGCGGGCCGCCGCGGGCUGCUGCAGGGCCUGACGCGGGAGCGGCUCCGCGCCCGUCGCCUCCCCUUGUUCCCCCCCCGUCCCCUCUCCAUCCCCCCGCCGCGGUUCCAGGCUCUCACUACAGCCGCUUCCACCGCAGCCGCAGCGCUCCGCUGCCUUCGUUCCGCCGGGCUCCCGCAGCGGCCCCUCCCGGGGCUCGCAGAUCGAGCGUCGCGGAGGCCCCACGGCACCGACCGUCCCCGUCCCGGGGCUCAGCCGGGGACCCCGCGUCCCCCGCCCCUCCCCGCCGCCGGGCGCACGGAGGAGGCCGGGCCUGCAGGGCUCCACGAGCUACUUUAAUGGGAGAGCGGCGCUGCCGGAGAGCCCGGCGGGGCGGGGCGGCCCCGGGGCUGCGCGGGGCAUCGCUGAGCACCGCCCGCGGGGCACCGCCGCUACUUGUUGCCCUCCUUCUUCUCGUCCGCCUUCUUCUGCUU